GCUACCCGACCUUACGAUUCCGAGUGUCCCUGACAACGCGCGACAGGGCACGCCAGGCGUCGCGCAUCGCGACAGACGCACGCGAUUGCGUCGCGAGCGUUUCUCCACUUUCUCGCGCGACCUCAACCCCUCCACCGGCCGGACGGCACCUCUCCUCGUCCACCGCCCUGCCAGAUUUCUUCGAUCGACCGUUAAUUCAAUUCGAAGCACAUGUGAUUCCGAUCGGUUGGACAACUCAGUUGGAACGCUGGCUCACACGAAAAUUCCAGCGUCCCGCGUUAUCGUGCGUCAAACGUCAACCGCGCAGCAAAUCGUGGUGUUUAUGUUUCCAUACCGUGUUGAUUGGUGAAUGGUGAGUGCCUUGAGUCCCGGAAAAAAAGUCCCGGUGCGUGGAUAUUGGGCGGAGGAUCUCGGGCCAUGCGAGGAAUAGUGAAGAGCGGAAGGUGGACGGCGGCGGCGGCGUGGGUGUUUUGGACGUGGCUGCUGCUGGCUUGGACUUCCGCGCGGGGAUCACCCCUGCCGGAGGGCGGAGUUGUCGCAGGCUCGGCUCUCGAGGCCGCCGACCCCAAGAGCGAGGGUCCUGGCAUCGUGGAGCGGCUCAAGCCCAAGAAUAGCGACGGUCUCAGCGUCGUCCAAAGCGCACUCCUCAAUUUCCUGCGGCCCAUGCCGAUUGUGGACACUAUAACUGAGGAAGAGAAAUAUGGCAAUGAUGGUGACAAAUUCAACCGAGUCGGAAAAAGCAUCGUAGGUGGAGUUGAAAAGGUUUCCGAAUUUGUCAACAAGGUCACGAAUAUUCCUGUAGAAUCUGUUAAGAAACUCUCUCGUGGAGCGACAGAAGUUUUGAACAAUAUUGGCGGCAGAUUGGUUGGUUUACAGCGAUGAGGAUUGAGCAUGUCAUGGGAAUGAGUGGAAUUUUCAACCCAUGACAGAGCAAAAGUGACUCAACGGACAUAUUUAUGCUAAAUGAAACUAGUGACUCAAAGGACAUAUUUAUGCUGAAAGGAACUAUCUUCCAUUGAUAUAAAUGAAAAGGAACUAUGAAGCAUGUAGAUCCGAUACAAGAACUUCCGUUUGAUUUAAUUAUUCUACAAAUAGUUCCAAUUAGCUUAGACAUAUCCACUUGUAAGUCCAUUGAGCUUUCAUAAAGCCUUAGUUAAAAAAUAUCCACAUGUAAGUCCAUCGAGCUUUCAUGAAGCCUUAGCUUAAAAAUAUCCACAUGUAAGUCCAUCGGGUUUUCAUAAACCCUUAUUUUUGUCUAUAUUUUCCUUUCUAUGAUAUUAUUUUACUUCAAUCGCGUGCCAAAUUUUAGAGGACACAAUUAGAGGGCUUAGAGGACACGACGCAUGAGUGCAGUUUUUACUUUGGAAGUUUCAAAAUUAUACAGACCCUUAUGGUGAAAAGAAAGUUCAAACUGACUUUUUUAUGCUGAAAAAUUGGAAUUUGACAACGAAUUUUGCCCAGAAUAGGUAUGCAUUAAAACUAGUUUUACUUGAAAUCGCAUUAAUAUCUCAACUUUUUCAUAACCUGCACUAAUGUGCCUAGUCUUCCAAGCCCCUCAAUUUAUAGGUUCUCCGAUUAGAACCGACGUAAUUUGACUCGACAGAAGAAAAAUGAAGAAGAAUAAGGAUGCAAACCGGUGUUUGUGGUUGUGUUCCUCAAGACUUUUUGUUAAAAAAAUAAAAAAUUGUAAAUAAACAUUUAUUAUAAAAAAAAAA